CGCUAGAAUAAACGAAAAUAAUUAAUUUUUCUCGAUGUUGUGGGUGAUCGUACGUCCCCCACCAUACGGAGAAUUUUUUCUACAUAUGUCAACGUUCGAGGUUAUGUUUGAAUUUAUUUGUGAACUUUUUCUUUUUAAUCAAUGAUCUUUACUGUGAAUGAAGUUAUUUUAAUGACCGAGAAUCGAAUUUGUACGACACACCUGUUAUUUCAUAAAUAAUAUAUUUAUAAUUCAUUAAUUUAGAGUAUAAAAGGGAAGUUUAAAAUCGAUCAGCUGAUCCAAUGAAAACAUCUACAACGUUGUCAAGUCUAAUAUACCUUUGAAAAAAGAAUAAUUAUAUAAAUUCUAUGUUUAAUUUUUUUAUAUUAUUGUUUUAGAGUGAUUAUUGUGUGAUUUUUUAGCGAUUGGUGAUUUUAAAACGUUGAAAACUUAGAAAUAAUUACGGUUUUAGUUGAAAUAAUUUAUUACUUGAAGUGAUAUGGCAACAUUGCCAAAAUUUCAUUAAUAUUUUACAAGGUUUGUUGUUUUAGGCAAAAAAAGUGUUAAAAAGACCUGUUCCAUGCUAAUUAAUACUAAACUACGGUAAUAAUCUUUCUAAAAUCGACAAAUACACCGAAAUAAAAACAAUACAGUUUGUUAUUUCUUAAAUUAGAAACCCUUAAAGGACAUUUGAACGUGUACGAAUCAUUCUUUAAACUAGACUUGGUUUAUUAACUCGUGAGUGUCGGCAAACGCAAGAAAAACAAUGAACGACAAGACUAGAAGUGAGGAAAAGCCCUCAAAGGGCUCUAAAACGGGUACCUUCAAAUCUGUUCCAACUUUAGUUCCUCCAGUUCUACGCGAAGUAGGAAAGCUUGCGGUGGGUGUUGCUUCAGUCAGCUCUAGCUCUGGAUCAGCUACAGGCAAUCCUAGAAACAAGGUCGCGUUACUGCCUGGCCAUUCUCUCAUGGACUGGAUUAGAUUGGGCACAUCUGGCAAGGAUUUGACAGGAUUAGGAUCCGCAGCCGGCAGUUUAUCGGUAGUAAAAGAAGAACUGGCGAAGCACAGUAGGAGAUCAGAUGCGUGGACAGCUAUACGUGGACGGGUCUAUAAUAUUACUGAGUAUUUUCCCUUUCAUCCAGGAGGUGAAGAGGAACUGAUGAAAGGUGCUGGAAUUGACGCAACCACGCUUUUCGAACAGAUACAUCCGUGGGUUAACUACGAACAAAUUCUUCAAAAGUGCUAUGUAGGAAAGCUGGUAGCUAUCGAUCCCAAUGUUGAUACAGAAGCACUGUUUUUUGGAGAAAAACCUUCUAGCACUAAAGUGGAAGUGUCUUCCCCUAAAACACCCGAUUCUCAAGUAGAGUCUCCUAUCAAAGAAGAUUCAGAGUUACCAAGUCAUCCACUGCCAAGAUUUGACUGGAUACAGAAACUCGACUCAAUAACAAUUAUUUUCUAUACAAGAUCUUUCUCAAACCCAUUGGUUGAAGUACACAAAACUCCAACUUCUGGGACAGCUUUGCAGAUUACUCUGACUUACGAUGAGACGAUAUUCAGGAAUGAAAUGACGUUUUUCGAUAGAGUUCAUUGGCCUUGUGACGUGAGAAUGACAUUGGAAACUGGGAAAGUGGAGUUGACGUUCAGGAAAUAUGUUAGCGGAGUUUGGGAGAACUAUGGUGUAUUAAAACAGCAAUCCAAACCAGCAAACAACAAUAGCUCGGCCGGACAAAUCAAAUCUAAAUAUUUCAUAAUAAAGAAAAUUCCUGUUAAUUACAAUACGUAUUUGUUUAUGUUAGAUAAGCAAGAUGAGAGUAUAGUGGUUGUACCCGUUGGAAAGCAUAUUAGAUUGUUUGGAACUAUGAAUGAGAAUGAAAUUUCCCGAAGUUACACCCCUGUGCCUGAUAAUUUGUUUGAAAAAUUUGUUCCUCACGAACGAAAAAACCACAAUGUUUGCUUGAUGGUGAAACGGUAUCCUGAAGGCAGAAUCAGUCGGUACAUCACUGAUAAGGAAGUUGGUGACUCUUUUGUGAUCUCUAAACCUUUUGGUGGGAUGGACUUGAAGGUUAUAGAAAAAAGGGACACCUUUAUAAUGUUAGCUGGCGGAACUGGUAUAACUCCCAUGCUGGGCCUACUUAUGUUUUUGCUGGAACGAAAAAUAAAGAAAUGCCAAUUUGUAAGACUAUUAUUUUAUAACAGAACAGAAAAGGACAUAUUGUUUAGAGCUCAACUAGAAGAACUCUCAAAGAAAGAUAGAAGAUUUAAGGUUACCAAUGUCUUAUCUUCGGCUGAUAACACGUGGGAUGGUAAAAAGGGUCACAUAAAUUCCGAAUUAAUCCAGGAUGCCAUACAGGAACAUCUCCAAGACACUGGAUACACGAUAAGGGACAUAUUCACUUUUAUUUGUGGACCUAGCGAAUUCAACCAACUCGCUGUAAAAUGUUUGGAAGAAAUUUCAAUCCCUUUAGAACAAAUACAUUUAUUUGAUGGAUAGCACUGCAUUUGUAUUGUAAUUUGUAAUAUAUUUAUUAAAACAAUCAGAUAUAAAUACAAAAUACUUUUCAACAAUAUUAUUUUUUAAUAGCAACCCAUAUGGAAUACCAUUUAGUUUUUGUGUUAUAAAGAAAGGUAUUAUUGUAAAUCAGAAAAUGUUAUUCUUUGUUGUUAUUAGUAAUACAGUUACAUAUAAUAUAUAUAUACUUUUUACGUUUGUAUUUAUUUUUGUUAAUUUGUUUUCUUAUUUUUUUUAAGUAUUUUGUACAGAUAUUGUGAUGAAUUUAACCAUAGAAUUGACCAAAUAUAUACCUGUAUACAGGGUUGUU